AUCUGAAAAUGUUACCUGAACUCUUUGAAUAAACACCUGGUUAUAAUAAAUGGAAACUCAAUUUCCACUGAGGGAGGGGAGUCUCAAUAGAUGACAAUAUUUUAACUUUCUUUUAACUCAUAAUGCUCACCAGUAAGUGUAUUGAAGCAUGGAUGGGGUCUGUUAGAAGCAUUUCCUUUAGCAAUACCAGAGAAACAAAUACUUGAUGACAAGUACAAGGCAGGGGAAUGCUUAUAAUGUUGAGGGAGGUGAGCUCACAUAGUUACAGGAGCCUACCCAUCAACUGGGGUCGACCUAGAAGCUAUCUGCUAUGGGAGACUACCCAUCAGAUGGGAUCCACACACAAGCGACCUGGCUUUCUUAUUCAGUCUAUUCAUUUCUGAAAGAGGGAGAAGCCAGGAAGCAAGUCAAAGAGCAGAGUGCAGCAGCUCUCAUUGUGCUCUGCCCCCUUGGCUUCCCGCAUCCACUUGUGGCACUGCUCGUCUCUGCUCCUUGCGUUCAUGGGCUCCACAAAUGUGCCGCGGGGGCCCUGACUGCUUCCUGUGUUUCCUUGUUCCACAGCUUAAGUACUCAACUUAAACGGCAGACUUGUAUGCUUCGUGUCUUCUGUAGAUAUUUUAUGAAGGGUUAUAGUAAGAUGCAACUACUAUGGUUGUUUUGGUUUUUUUCCCUUAUGUUCCUUUUCUAGUGUUGUGAUAUGUUGACAUUUUUUUGAUGUUGUCCUUCUGUGAGAUUACAACCUCAGUAUCUUGAAUUUAUAUUUAACUAGAAACCUAAGACAGGCAGUACUACAGUCUUUCACCAUUUGAAGGAUGUGCUUUAGAAACAGAACGUAGCAGUUUCGUUACAGUAUCUAGAACACUGUUAGCUUUUCUUGUCACGUGUUACUGUUCAUCUGUUUUCACUUACAUAGCCAGGUUACUUGCAAAACAUGAAGCAUGUUAAAAUUGAAAUAAUUCUCAGUUUGCUUCCCAGCUAGCACUCAGUCUGUGCGAAGAUGCAUUUAAUAGCUUAGAUCAGUAACUCAGAGCAGCUAAAACUUGGCCUUUGGAUGCCUUACUUUCAGAACGCAGUCUGUCUUGAGUGACUGGGUUGCAAGCUGAAGGCCCUGACAGCACUUGUCUUUUAAUAACUGUUCUGCUUUUUUCCUCACCUACAUUAUGGACAAAAGCAUUCAUCUUGUAUUCUGAAAACAGCCUAAUUUCUUGCUGUGCCAUAGACCUUUUGUGAGUCAGCAGAUGCCAGUGUCCACAAACGGGUGCAGGCAGAUGCAAACAGAUGUAGACCAGCCCUGGUUGAGUACAACUGUUCUAAGGUGUUUCUAUGUCCAAGGUAAUAAGUCUGAGUUCUGCAGACAGUUGAAAAAUAUGUUUCUCCCAAAUAGAACGUGGAAAAUACUUAGGCGUAGACUGUCAUCUUAAUAACUUCUUAAUUAACUUUUUUGUUGUUGUUUCUUCCAAGAGCACUUUGUAGAAGCGGAGUAGAACUUUUUGCCAUCAUCUCUUCUCUGGGGAGAAGCAGAAGCCUAAGUUUGGUGGAUUUAAACAAAGCCCUUGCUUCCUUUGUGCAAUCCUCAUGAAGGUUGUAGGAAGGAAGCAAGGCUUGGGGAAGCAAAAAGCGGGGAAGUGCCUUAAAUGAAUCUUGAAACACAGCACAAUUCUUCACUUGGUUGAGGAUUUGAUUCAACAGGAGUGGGAAUUCACAGUGGAAGUUUUGUGCGUGAGGACUGAGCAAUGCUAAUACAGAUGUGGCAGUGCUUGCUGACAUUUCUGCAGUAAAUGAACUUCAUUACUUAAACCAGUAUUGGAAAUGGUUGCUUUUUUGGGAGAGAAUACACUGAGGUAGAGCAUUUUGUGCCUAAUAACACUAUGUAUACGUUUGUCAAAGUAUUAUUUAAGCAUACAUUUAAGUGUACAUUAACCUGUUUUUUUUUAUUUGUGGUGGCUGUCUGCCCUCCCAUAUCCCUCUGACCCCAACCAUCCCAAAUCAAAGAUAAAAAUUUGUUGAAGAGUUUAUGCUCACAAAAGCAUAUAAGCGACUGAAGUAAUUCUUUAUGCUACAUUGUGUAAGUAGAGGUCACUGAAACUUCAGUCAGACUUCUUUCUGCUGAGAAUCUGCUAAAGUAUCUUCUGUCAUGAAUGCUACAUUAAAACAACCCUCUCCUUCCACCAAAACAAACAAAAACUCAGGUUAUUUUAGUAAUAGAGGUUACUUAUUCAAAAAGGCAAAUCCUUCAUCUUUGUUUUGGAAAAUGAAGGCUGGAAUAGUUUGGAAAAUGAGUUCCAACACUCUUCUCUUCUUUGCUUACACUUAAGUGCUGUUUUUCUACUUUUUUUUUUUAUUUAUUUAUUUGAAUGUCCCUUAAAAUGCAAUUGUAAGUAAAUAGCCUCAGAAAACUGGAGCCAGAUUGAAUGCGAAUACUGUGCUAUAGAAUUUAUGUUCUUUGGCUAAAUAUGUUUUUAUAAGAAUGAGGGUUGUGUGGUACAAACUGGCCCAGUGACAGAUGAACCAGUUUAGCUGCUUUAAAUUUCCAAUAGUAUAUUCUUUGUAUUUCUAGAGUUGGAAGUGCACUACAUUGGAGAAACAACCGAAAGAUUAAUCACAGUUUGUGAUAUGAAAGAGUUUAAACUAAGAGCUUAUUCUAAUUUGUAUUUCAAAAGAAGCAUUUUGGGAAUAACUUAUUUCUAGAUGUUUGGAAAUUAAUUCAUUGCUAAACUGAGAUGCAUGCAUUUUUGUCAAAUCAUUUUGCCAUGUUACUCAGGGCCAUCUUUGUUAACCUGUGCAAAUGUGGUGAUGUUGAGCAAAAAAAUCAAGAACUAAAAACAGCCAUCAGAAAAAUGCAACAUUGAGUAGCCUGCUUACUUUGGCAAAGCUUUGUAUUUCCCUACCAAAAUAUAUAAUACCUGAUAACCCUUUUUGGAAAUAAUGUCCAAGUGCACACAGGGUGAUCCUGAUAAUAUGUUAAGGUAGCUGAUGAAUGAGGAAGUAAAAAGUUGUUGGAUUCUGUUCAUUCUCUGAGAUUGGAUCCUUUCUCUUCUUUCUCUUGCUCACUGAAGACUGUAGUGGAAGAUGUCUGAAACUUAAAAACAUUUGUAAAGAAAAUUCAACAUUCUGGAUCAGUAGCUCUUUUUGGCUUUUGGAAGGCCAAGUUCUGGAGUUGUAAGCCUUGCUUUAAGAUCAGCCAGCCUCUUGAGUUUGAUUGCAGUGACUUGGGUAAUGACGGCUAUUUUUGUCUGGUAACAGAGGUGAAUUUUGCUACUUUUAUUUCUUGUGUUUGCUUAUUGCUCACUAGCUGAUAAGAGGCAUUAAUAAUAAAAAUAUUUGGGAUCAUGUGCCUCCCUUUCAGCAUGGCAAAUUCAUUAAUUAAGAAGUUGAAAUGAAGAACCUUAGGUCACAUUUUAAAUUAAGGCAUAAGCAGAAGUAGCAUUUAUAAAAAUUGGCCAUUGUCUAUGUAUUAUGAAAUUCUCAAAGUCUUAUUCUUAGCGUUCAUAAAAAUAAUGGGAUAUUUUCCACCUAUUUUCCUUGAGUGUGGUGUUCAGUGUUUAGCUUGGGCUGCAGCGGUAGCUACCUUUGUUGUAGGAGUGCUUCUCUUGGACUACCAUAUGAUACAGUCUUAGUGAAGGGUGCUAGAGGGAGACAGAUCACAAAUGAUAGAUGGUGAGGCGAGGAGAAAUGUGAAGAAAAGAUAGAAGCUACUUUAGCCCUUGCAUUAUGUGCAGAUGACUUGAUGAAUGAUAAGUAUAUUCCUUUUCUGUUAUUUACAUGUUGUUAACGUUUUUGUGGUUAAGUUCCCUGACCAGUCCAGAACAAGUAAUGGAUCAGACAGGACCUUAUCCUAAAAAUCCAAGUGCAACAAGUCACUCUUCUGUACUUGUUUGAGAAGAUGACAUUUGAAGGGCAGAGACCCCCACAGAGAUUUAAUUUCUGGGCCAGCUUACAAGUAUGUGCUUGUGAAAUCAGGUCAGUCUGGGAAGUAGGAGUGAUUUGUGGCAGGCUUCAAAAUUCUGCAUUAAAAAAUACGUGGAGGUGGAGAUAUGUGAAACCCUGCUGCAUUUGGACAGGAGUAUCGUAUCAGAUCCAAUAAUGUAUACGAAAUAGGGUGCAUUUAUUUCAGCUGUGAGUUUCUUGUAGGUGUUGCUGGAUUUAUUUUAUUUUCGUGAAAAGCAUUUAAAGAAGCAUCUGUAGAUGUAGUAGUUACGGAGGUUUGGAAGAAAAUGAGUUAUGCUUAAUUCAUUAAAAAUAAUGGGACAAAUGAGUACUUAGAAAUAUACAAUUAAAAUUGUGAUCCUGUACUUAGUCCUUGGGAUAAAAGAGCCUUGCAGAUUCCCAGAUGCAUAUAUGGAAGCAAUAAGGUAAAUCAUGAUGGCCUAUCAAUGGAGAGCUACUUGGAAUGUGGUAGCAGCUUGUCCCAUAUUACAGCUUUUUCAGAAUGAAAGCAAACUGACAACUUGGGUGAAUUCUUUAGUGGAAUCUUUGUAACAACUGUUCUGAGACCCUCUUUCAGCUAUAUUGAUAAUGAAAUCUUGUGUAUGGUAUUUUUUUUUUUAAGAAUGAUAUGAGAAGAUUUACUCAGCAAAGGAAAAAGUGGUAGUAGAACAUAGUAGAAUAUGCUUUUGCUUAGGUGGAUUUACAGUGUCUUGUAUCAUUAAUUUUAAAUUGUCAUUGGGAUAUUUGUUUGAAGACUGUAGGCAAUACUGUAUGCAUUGGUGCAUUUGAACUGAUGGUAAGGGAUGAAUUAGAUGCUGGCUUGUAUGCAAUAUUUGUUAUACAGUGGAAAUAUUACCUCAUGAAGCAUUUGAAUUUUGGCAGCUUUUAGCCUCCUGUGGUAGGGUCCAAUUCAGAAAAUUUGGCUGCAUGUGGCCUUGGGCUAUACACAUAUAUUUCCUGAGCCUCAUAUAGUAUGGAUGUAAAGUUGCCCAUAGCCACUGUGCUCUUAUCUGGGCUAGUUGUGUCAAACUGACAAUGCAGAUACAGCCUAAUGCCAUUUAUUGAUUUUAUUUGUUCUUUUAGCUAACACCAGAUUGGUGAUUACUAAUUGUCAGCACAAUUAGGUGAAGUGUUUGAAGACGAUAAUGCUUGUAAAUCUACAUCCAUGACAGAUUAUGUUUUGGGUGGGUAUGAACCUUUCAGAUAAGGUCUGUAUUAGGCAGGGUACGAAAUGGUGCAUUUUGAUUGAAUGUUCGUGCCUAUGGUUUUGGUUUGACUGGUAUUCAGAGGCAAGCAGAGGGGAAAGAGCAAAAGAUGUGCUAUCAGUGCUCUUGGAGGAAAUGAUGAUUCUUGCUAACCCUGGAAACCCUGGCUGAGUGAGAGAGGACAUGAGGGUGAGUUCAUCUAUUUCAAUGUUAAGCUGAAGAAAUGUGUUAGUUCAUAGUUCAGGCAUGAGCACAGAUAGCUGUGAAGGUACUAUAAAAGAUGACUCAGUAUUGGGUGGACAUGAGAGAUCAGAGAAUCACAACUGGUUUUAAUGACUGCAUGUAUUAAGUGCAUUAUUUUUUUUUCAUCACUUUAUUUUUAGUAACUUGCUACAAAAGGGUCCUUGAAAUAUGUUUUGAAGUUCAGUUCAUUGUAGUUAUCUGGGUGGUAGAGGCGAAGGGGGCCUUCUGAGUAUCAGGUGGGGUGAAAUCUGUUGGACAUGGGAUCUUCAUAAAAUAAGCCCACUGCUAUUUUGUAAUAGGCUGAUCCUGAGUCUAGCAAGCUUUGUUGCCUUAAAAUACAUAUAAUAAGUGUAAUUGUGGUUUUUAAUCUCCUUUACUAAAUCCUGUGGAUGUUAUAAGGCUUUAAUGUUGCCUGUGUCCUCUGGUUGUCGUGCCUUCUCAUCCAGAGCUCCUGGCAGGAGGCGUGGGGCAGCGCUUCCAUGUUGCUGGGCUGUCAGGUGACAGGGCUCCUGCAGCUGCUGGGCUGCAGCACAGCCUCGCUUCCUCCUGUCCUGCUGCAUGCGGUCCUGCAGGCUCAGGGACAGUCAGCCUGUGGCACCACGAGGGUCAGGGAGGGGAUUACGCUUUCAGGCGAUGCAAUGGGAAUUGCAUCAGUCUGGUGUUUAACUCUGAUCCUUAUCAAAUGGAUUACUUCUAAGAGACGUGGAGCCAUUUCCUAUGACAGCUCCGAUCAGACUGCGCUGUACAUUCGUAUGCUAGGAGAUGUGCGAGUAAGAAGUCGGGCAGGAUUUGAAACAGAGAGAAGAGGUUCUCAUCCAUACAUUGAUUUCCGUAUUUUUCACUCAAAUUCUGAAAUUGAGGUGUCUGUGUCAGCAAGAAAUGUGAGAAGGUUGCUUAGUUUCCAGCGCUACCUGAGAUCUUCCCGUUUUUUCCGUGGUAUCACUGUUCCAAAUUCUUCAAACAUUUUAGAUGAUGAUUAUAAUGGACAAGCAAAGUGUAUGUUGGAGAAGGUUGGAAACUGGAAUUUUGAUAUCUUUCUUUUUGAUAGACUGACAAAUGGAAACAGUCUAGUCAGCUUAACCUUUCAUCUGUUUAAUCUUCAUGGACUAAUUGAACACUUCCAGUUAGAUACGAUGAAACUCCGUAGAUUUUUGGUUAUGGUUCAAGAAGAUUAUCACAGUCAAAACCCUUAUCAUAAUGCAGUUCAUGCUGCUGAUGUGACUCAGGCCAUGCACUGUUACUUAAAAGAGCCUAAGCUGUCCGAAUCCUUAACUCCGUGGGAUGUUCUGCUCAGUUUAAUUGCAGCUGCCACACACGAUUUGGAUCACCCAGGCGUUAACCAACCUUUCCUAAUUAAAACAAACCAUUACUUAGCAACUUUGUAUAAGAAUACCUCAGUAUUGGAGAACCAUCACUGGCGAUCAGCAGUGGGGUUGCUGAGAGAGUCUGGUUUAUUUGCACAUAUGUCAUUAGAAAACAGGCAGCUGAUGGAAAGCCAGAUCGGUGAUCUCAUUCUUGCCACAGACAUCAGUCAGCAAAAUGAGUAUCUGUCCAUGUUCCGAUCCCACCUGGAUAGAGGAGACCUAUGUUUAGAGGAUGCGAACCACCGUCACUUCAUUUUACAGAUGGCUUUGAAGUGUGCUGAUAUUUGUAAUCCGUGUCGGACUUGGGAGCUGAGUAAGCAGUGGAGCGAAAAAGUAACAGAGGAGUUCUUCCAUCAAGGAGAUAUUGAAAAAAAAUAUCACUUGGGUGUGAGUCCACUUUGUGACCGACAGACAGAGACCAUUGCCAACAUCCAGAUUGGCUUCAUGACCUACCUGGUGGAGCCACUGUUUGCAGAGUGGGCCCGAUUCUCCAACACGCGGCUGUCACAGACGAUGCUCGGCCACCUGGGACUGAACAAGGCGAGCUGGAAGGGGGUGCAGAGAGAACAGUCCGGUGGCGGGGAGGAUGCUGACCCUGCCUUUGAGGAGAUGGACUCAGACAUAUUACCUCAGGAACCUCGAUUGUCCUGACCUCAGCCCUCAUGACAAAACUGCCUCUUCUCUCGGUGUCUGCACAGCUGGAUUAAAGGAGAUACUUGCCCACCCGAGGUCUUGGUAAAAUGAUGCCAGCAUUAUUUAUUUCCAAGUUUUCCUUCGACACGGACAUUUGAACCUGAUUUUUUUAACUGCGAGAUCUGAACAUAGAGCAAUAUGCAUAUGCCUCAGUUGGUUUUCGUUCGGAACCUUGAAUAUGCAAAGCACAGCGGUGACCGAGCCUUGGAGGAACAGUACGAAGGCUUCAUUGUGCCACACCUUUGUUUUUCUUUAGUGAAAUUUGAAACACGGUCUUCAAAUCUAAGACUUGAGAUGGAUCGUUCCACUUCCUUGGAGUUUAGCGAGACUUGCAUGAAUGUGUUCAAAGCAUACCUUCCACUCAGUCCCUGUUUUAAUACGGAAAUGUGAAGUGCCCAUCCUCUGCUGCCUCUGGCAAGACUUGAUGUUUACAAACGUACUCUGAAACUAUGGGUUCUAGACUUAACCUUUGCGCAUGGCUGUGAAGGAACCACUAACCUGGGUUUUUUGCUUUUUUAAAAGAAAAAGAUCAAAUCCGAGACUGCAGCUCUUGUUUUUUGGAUGCCGGAAAAGCCUCCCAUUUGCCAUAAUUUUGUUUGUGCACUGGGAACUGAGCAUUCAUCAUAGAGCACAGCCAAGCUUUACUCCAGUGCUGUAUGGGAAUGCAGUUUUUUAAAAGCGGAAAACACUUCAGAAUUCGGGAAGGGGUGGGAGGGGUGGGGGGGUGGGAGGGCAUCUGAACUGCAUUGCGAUUCUGCAGUGAAAACAUUGCAUGUUGUUUUCACUAUUGUACACUUGAACUGCACAUGCAAGAAAAAAAAAGGUGGAAUGUCUCAACACCAUAAUCAGCUCAGGGUAUUUGCCAAUCUGAAAUAAAGCGGGAUGGGAAGCGUGUCCUUCAGAACAAGGGUACAAAUGCCCCUUUGCUGCAGUGUGUGUAUGUGUGGGUGCGUGAGUCUGUGUGGGGGGGGUGGGGUGGGAGGGUCUGGGCAGGGUUUGAAAGGCAGCAUUUUUUUUUUUUAAUUUAUUCUUUUAGAAUGUGACAAUUUCAUGAACAGCCACAUCGGGGAGGAAACUGUAACAGAUUGCUACAGAUGCCUUAAACUAUGCACAAAGCUAAGUGACCAAAUUUGUUUGUGAUUUGAAGGAAAAAAAAAGAAAAAAAAGAAAAAUUACACAAAAAAAAAACAAGUGCAUUGUUUACCUGUUCCUCCCUCUGCUGAAACAUCGCCCGUUGAUGGGGUUUGGAUGGGAAAAGGAGAAAACGUUUUUUUAGGACAAAAUUAAAGGACUAAUUUUAAACUUAACAACAUUCCAUUUUUGUAAUUUGUUUGACAUCGUUUUCAGUACAGUAAGCACAACUGUAAGCUGAUUUGAGAAACUGGUGCUUUCUUUUAGUUCAUUUGUAUUUCCCUGUUAUUCUUGUAAAAGACUGUUUAUUGAUUCUGUUUACAGUUUGUCGCAACAGCCAUUUUUGGGAGAGAGCUUCAGUGUAAAGCCGUUUGUAAGGCUUUGCCGUAGUCAUUUUAAUAUGUGCCUGUUGCUGUUAACUUUUAAUUGGUAAAAGAGAUCUUUUUGCAUUCUGCUCCCUUACAUUUAAGUUACAACGGAGUCCAGCAGUACAAGAAAGGCGGCGAAGGCUGCAGUCGGCUUCCACUGUACAAUGAGCCCAGCUUUGGAUUUGGAAAUUGUCCUCAGAUUCUGGAAUUUAUUGGCUUGGCCUCUUACUGUAUGGAAAACAACUUCUGACUUGUUCGUUUCCCUUCUAAAAUUAAGUUGUUGGUUAUUCUUUCAUGUUCCCUGAAGUAAUACUGUAAUUCUCGAGGUGGCCAUGUUUAAAGAAAUAAAUUUGUAAUGAAACCACUUGUUCU